AUUUUUUAAAUAGUUUUUUAAUUUCAAAUACUGAGCAACACUGGGCCAACUUUUUGGCAGAAAUGUUCCUGGAGAUAAUACAGCCUUUUGAUAAGGGUUUCUGCUCUAUUCAUGGAGGUUUUACUUGAGGGCUGUAAUUGCUAGUUGUUGGGCGAAUAGUCCCUUUGUUAGAUCAUUACGAGAAAGCUAGAGCUUGCAGAUUAAAUUGUGGAUGUAUUCUGACUGUGGCAGAUGUUGAAAGAGCAAGAAGAACUGGGUGGGGAGGGGCUGGCUCAUGUAGAACAGCACCAAGAAAUUUUUAUAUACUUUCACUGAGUAGUAGACAUCAAUGAGAAACAUCUUUUUCAUAGGACACCAUGUUAAAUAUAAUAUACAGACAACGAAACAAGUGAGCAAAGCUUGUAGGUAGAGUGUCAGGAGGGCUAAAGCAUAGAAUGAGGCUUGGUGUGUGAGAGAUGCUCAUAAGAAGACUGAUUUUUUUACUGUGUUCAAAGCAAGAGAAAGACCAAGGAAAUAGUAGCUUUGCUGGAGAAAUGUGAUACAAGGUGCGUUUUCCGCCCUGGGCUCCUUUGGGAGGAAGGGUGGGGUAGAAAUGUAAUGAAUAAACUAACGAAUAAUAACUUCUACUUUGCCUCAGUUUUCUCCCACGAGGUUAACCCGGCAAAAAUAUAGCAAAUUGACAAGGGAGAGUGCUGCAGUCCAGGUUGGGUAAAGCAGUAUGGGAGCAGCUAGCAGCCUCUCUAAAUGAAUCCAGGGCUUGACAAUUACUCAAGGAACUAAAGCUGUAAUCUCAAAAGCCUCUGUCCAUUCAAGUUUUCAGAACUGUUAGAGAACAAGAGAAGUAGAGGCAAGCAAAUCCCUCCCUCUGCAAAAAGAGGGAAAGAGGACCCAGGCAACUGCUGUGUCAAUAGCAUAAUGUCAAUAAUGUCAAUUGUUGGAAAUGUUCUUGCUAAUCUGAUAACCCCGGUAGUCUUUACUUGGACUUUGUCAUUUUAAGGCAUUGUGCAACUGUACUCAUUAUAUUGCCUAUUUUAUGAUUUUGUUUUUCACCUUCAAAUUUUAAUCUGCUGUUAUAAUUCUUCUCUCUGUUUUAUGUACAUCAUAAAAUGAAGUUUUAAAAACUUUGGGGGAAAAAAGAAAGCUGGACUCAGAAAAGUACAUGCAUUACAAAGAGCUGGCUAGGGUUUCUCAACAAUAAUUUAUGCCUGAGUAACUGUAUCUUCUUUUUAAAUAUAGUUACUAGCCCGAGUAGCUAAGGAGAAUGCUGUAGAUAUGGUACACCUUGUGAAAAGUCUUCUUCCCCACCCAUACUAUUCUUUAUGAGCUGGCAAAAUGUGGGCAAGAUUGUGCUAUUGUUAAGUAAAUUUGCAGCUGUUUGGUAAGCUAUGGUAAGCUGUUUGGUAAGAGUGCCCAUCUGUGCUGAGAAUUGACAAGUUGGGUGCCAUAGUCUUGGGCUCAGUGGCUUUCAACAUAGUUAAUAAAUGACAUGGAUGAAGGAGUAGAGGGGAUCCUUAUCAAAUUUGCAAGUGACAUCAAACUGGUAGAGCUACCUAACAACCUUAAAGACAGAAACAAGAUUUCAGAAUUAUCAUGAUGGGAUGGAGAACUGCGCCAAAAGUAAAGAUUGGUCUAACAGAUUAUAUAAAGUUCUGCAUUUGAUUAGGCAGAAUCAGGUGGAUAAAUGUUGAAUGGAAUAUACUGAGCUUUAUUUACAACAGUGCAUGUGGGAAGAGGUUUUAGUACACCACAAGUUAAAGGUGAGUCACCAGGGCAAUAUGAUAGCUAAGAAAGUUAAUGUAACUCUGUGCUUCAUCAACAGAAUUAUAGCUACCAGAUCUUUAGAAGUAAUGGCACCCUUUUAUUCUGCUUUGGUCAGAUCUCACCUAGAAUUCUGUGCCCAAACUGGGUACCAUAGUUUAAGACGGAUACCAGUGCAGGGGCACUGGAAAGUGUCUGGAGGAGUGUGACAAGGUUGCUGAAGGCCCUGGAAAGAUUAAAGGAGUUGUAUACAUUUGGCCUAAAAAAGAAAUGAAGAGGCAAUUUGAUAGCUAUCUUUCAACAUUUGAAGAACAAUGACUUCAGAAGAGACAUUGUGGCCUGUCCCAAUGAAAGCUAUUGGAGCACAGAACCUACUGACAAUGCCUGGAGGUGUUACCAAGUCAGGAUACCUGCACAAAAAAGGAGGAACUCAGUUCCAGCUCUUAAAAUGGCCACUGAGGUUUGUGAUUAUCCAUAAGGGAUGUAUUUACUACUUUAAGAGUAGCACUUCGGCAGCUCCUCAGGGUGCCUUCUCACUGAAGGGCUAUAAUAGGGUUAUGCGGGCAGCAGAAGAAACAACAUCAAACAAUGUAUUUCCUUUCAAGUUGGUUCACAUUAGCAAAAAGCAUAGGACCUGGUUUUUUUCUGCCGCCUCUGAAGAUGAAAGAAAGGACUGGAUGGCCUCACUUAGAAGAGAAAUAGAUCACUACCAUGAGAAGAAGGAAACUGUUACUGACUUAAGUGAUUCUGGUUCAGAUGUUGACAGUUUCUAUGGCUCAGUAGAACGACCCGUUAAUAUACACUACUCUCAACAUUCAAUGGAAAAUUCAGAUUAUGACCAGGAUGAAGAUGAUGAAUAUUUACAGCCAGAUAACUCGGAUGGUAUAAAGUGUGAAGAUCAUGUAGUAUCUCCACCAGUGUACCCACCUCCUCCGGUUCCAUCGCUGGGAAAAGCUUUCUUUCCAGAGACAAAAGCACACUCGUUCUCCGGCAGGCGUGGUGUGCCGGUGCUUCCAGCGCCCUCCCUGAAGAAAAGCUUAACGGAUGUGAGGCCUGAAGUCCUCUUAAGCAGGAGAGGAGAAUUCCCCUUUCAGUGCCAAGCAGAGCACGAUGUGAGACCCCAUCCAGCACGUCAUCAAAUCACUAACCAGGGUCCACCAGUGCCUCCUAUUCCUCUGGCCAAAAAGCCAACCUACCUCACAGAGAGUUGCUCUUCCUCAGGUAUACGUCUGCCACUGACCUGCACUUUACGUACUGCUGAAGAGAGUCAGAGGUUUAAAGAGAAAAAACUUCCUGCGCAAGUGCCUCCUUCAUUGCCAAGCAGCAAGCCCAAAUUACCACAGUAUCUUGUGACUCCACUGGUAAAUACCCAGGCACCAAGGAAACCUGGACUUUUGACACCAAAAGUACCAGCUAAGCCUCAAGUGCCUUGUGAGAAACCACGUGUGCCUGUUUCUAAACCAGAGAAUCCUUUGCCUCCACAUUUAGACUCUGCUUCUCCUAGAAGAUCUUCUCCAGAUGGACAAAGUUUCCGAGUUGCCUCAUUUGAGAAUCCACUAUUGCCUUCAAAAUCAGACUUAUCUGGAGAAGAGUCCGAUGGUGACUAUGAAAAGGUUGAGCUGCCUAAUUCAGUAUUUGUGAACACCUCUGAAUCCCUUGAAGUUGAAAGGAUGUUCAGAUCAGAAAAUCCCACAGGACACCCGAAAAGUGGAUUAUUCUGUAUUAGGAAUUCAUCCACAAAUCCUGGCAAGGUAUUGGUUGUAUGGGAUGAAUCUAUUGGGAAAGUGAGAAACUACAGAAUCUUUCAACAGGACUCAAAGUUUUACCUGGAGGCAGAUGUUGUGUUUCUAAGCCUUGGAAGUCUGGUUGAGCACUACGGCAGCCAUGUCUUGCCCAGCCACCGUAAUCUGGUCCUCAAAUUUCCUUACGGCUAUUCUGGACCCAGGUGACAGACCUACCUAAUACACUCUCGCUCUAACACCAAGCACAGUUAUGGAAUCCUAGGACACAACUGUUGACCUUCCUAAUUAAUGAAUGGUUAUAGACUGAUAUCCCCUCCCCCUGUGCUUUUCAUAAAGAGCCUGGACGAAUUUCAGAAGAGGGCUGAACACACCUCCUAACUUGAAUGGGUCAUAUGGACAACUAACAGAGCUACUAAGAGACAUGUCUAGAAGCAAAGUGCUAAUGGCUUCUUGCUAUGUGUUUUCCUGGCUGGUUUUUGACUCAUCACUGGUGCUUGACAAAGUUUUAAAAUAGUUUAUAAUUUAGCUGUAAAUAACACAAAACUGCACCAUAAUACAAACCAUGCAUGAAUGUGCUUUGUCACUUUUGCUUUGUCACAAUUGUGAUAUUUUAAGGGCAUUUGGACCCCCUAGGCCUCUAGACCCUCAUAAUAAUGGUCAAAGUAAGCACCAGUCUCUCUCACUCUUACACGCAUCACACAAUAUUGUUGUAUUUUGCUCUGCUUAAUGAGUUACAAAGCACCUCUGUGCAAGGGUAACUGUGUGAAAAUUCAGCUGAUGCCAAAUUGUAAUUUUGGAAAAAUCUACCAGGAAUAUUGACGUAUAUGCACUUUUUGAUAUUAUCACCAAAUAGUUAAGUUAAAGAAAUGUGUUGACCAUAUGAUUAACCAUAAGUAUUAACCCAAUGAAUAAAUAGAAUGGCAACUUGUUUUUAACAUGCAAAUUAAUGUGAAAAAUAAGGGUUUUUAAUGUCCUAUAUUUCAUUAUUUUUAUAUUGUAAGAACUAUACCAACGAAUUAUGGCUCUUAUGAAAGAAGAACUCUACUGAACAGGGUUUAUAUAAAGAUUUCUCAAUCUGU